AUGAGCGACCGCCGCCACGACAGCCACUAUCUUUACAUCCAACAUCCUCACACCAUUCGUUCCCAUCUCCGCCAGACCAAGGAGCGCGUCACGUUGCAGCAGUCGCCCGCCUACUCCCCCCAGCUGUAUCAGCACCUACAGUCAGCCCAGGUACCACCGCACCUGUUGCUGCACCCGUUCCUGCAGCUCUCGCGCAUCGACGAAGUGCACCAAUCCGCCUCGCACACGCCCUUUCCCGCCGUAAUUGUGUCUCCCCACUCCCUGAGCCCGCCACCACAGCGGGACUCGGCUUGCCCCGUCUUGAAGAAGCCUCCCGCGAAGGCGGCCCAGGCGCACAAAUAUACCACCGAUGGGAAUAAGCAUACGCAGCGCAGCGUGCCCACUAGCGCGCCGACGAUGACAUCAAACAAGGUGCCAAUCAUGGCAAGCAAACGGGACGAAGCCGUGGUCCACACGCGCAUCCAACGCCCGUCCCUCGUCUCACAGCACUCGAAUUCGGUUCCUUCGACACCUCUGCAGGUUGCGCGGAGAUACGACACGCGCUCACGCUCGCCCUCGCCCAACGGGGGACUGGGCAGCCAUUCGCCACGCUCUGUGUCGUCUGAAGCAAACAGCGCUAUGCCUACGCUGAGACCAGCGCGCCCAUUUCAAUGCAAGUUCGAGACCAAUGUCGGAAUGCUGGGGCGUAGAAGAGUGCCCUAUCAAUCAGACGAGAUACUAGACAAGGCCAAAGAGGAGCCCAAGAAGACGUUAGAUCCCCACGAGGACGACAAGCUUAGCGGUGACAUGCGCGAGCUGUACGACCGGUUACAGCCGAACCAGCAAGACACAGAUAUACGGGACAGAUUUGUGAAGAAGGUGCUACGCAUACUGGGAACGGAAUUCCCGGGAAACGAGUUCAAAGUACAUGUCUUUGGGUCGUCUGGCAACAUGCUAUGGACAGCCGGGAGUGAUGUUGAUAUUUGUAUUCAAACACCUAUGAAACGGCUCGAGGAGAUGCACCCUCUAGCUGAGGCCUUCGACAAACAUGGUAUGGAACGAGUCGUGUGUAUACCGGCUGCCAAGGUUCGGAUCGUCAAGAUCUGGGACCCUGAGCUGCAGCUUGCGUGCGACAUCAAUGUCAACAAUGUUGCUGCGAUCGAGAAUACACGCAUGAUCAAGACGUACAUCGAAAUUGAUGAUCGCGUACGGCCGUUGGCCAUGAUAAUCAAGCACUGGACGAAGCGGCGUAUCCUGAAUGAUGCCGGCAUUGGUGGCACGAUUAGCUCGUACACCUGGAUAUGCUUGAUCUUGAACUUUUUGCAGACGCGCAAUGUGCCUGUACUGCCAGUCCUGCACAACCUUCCUGACCGGGCGAUAGAUGAGACUACGGGUCAGCCCUCACUGGGUGCAUUUGCUGAUGAUGUAGUAAAGUUACGCGGAUUUGGCGACAAGAACAAGGAAAGCUUGGGCCAACUGCUUUUCCAUUUCUUCCGUUUGUAUGGACAUGAGGUAGAUUACGAGAAGGAGGCCAUCUCAGUCCGACAGGGCAAGCGAAUAAAGAGAGAAGAGAGGGGUUGGCAACCUGGUGGAGGUCAUAAAGAGGGUGUCAAUCGCCUAUGUGUUGAGGAGCCGUUCAAUACCGAUCGAAACCUUGGAAACUCGGCAGAUGGCUAUGCCUGGCGCGGAAUCCAUCUAGAGCUUCGCCGAGCUUUCGACUUGCUCGCUGACGGCCAGCAGCUCGAGAAGGCGUGCGAGCAAUUCGAAUACCCGCCUGAGGAAAAGUCGGGUGCCAUCUUCAAAAAGCCUCAGUCGCAAAAGGCCACCAUCACUUCCAGCGUACCUAAUCGCAGCGGACGAGGUGGAUCGAAUCACCGAGGAGGCAGGGGAGGCUUCAAUUUGAAGGGUCAAUAUGGUAGUAACCGGAGAUCAUCUGGCAGCUCGUCUUUUGGUCAGGGUCGCCCACCGUUCCUACACAGCCCACCUAUCCCUGGGAAUGCCGGUUCAGAGUACUUCGCCUUUCCACGUGGGCUCCAUGAUCAAUUGCACGACCAGCUAUACCAGCAGUACCAAAUGCUCGAGAUGCAGUCAAACUCUCUGCGAGCUCAAUUAGCUGCCCAACAGCAGGCUCAACAGGCACAUCAGGUGCGAGCUGCGCAAAUGCAUGCCCACGCAGUUGCUCAAGCACAGGCCCAAAGUCGCGGGCCAAACAGUACGAGUGCAUCUCCGCAAAAAUCACCAUACGUCAACGAUCGCCAUAGCCCUCGUUUAGCCGAGAUGGGGAUACCGCCAAAUGCUGUUCCGCAAGGCUUUCUCUACCAUUAUCCGGGGUUCUACAAUCCAUCUCAACCUGAUGCAUCUUCACAAGAUGGGUCACGGACGAAUCCUUCUUCUCCUUCCUUGAGCAAUAGCGCACCUGGUAUACGGAGAGGCGUACAUCGAACUUCGAAUGCCAGCGAAACGGGCUCUCUUCGUUCCCAUUCGCAGCCUCCUCGCGGUGGUGUACAGCAACCUGUCAUUGUAGGGUAUCCGCCGAUGCCUCAACUCUUCGAUCCCACGACGUAUACUGGUUACCCUAUCGCGCGAGCGACUCAAGAUACGCCAAAUCUGCAGUCGACUUCGGAUAUCCAAUACAGCCCCACUCUAAACCUUCCUGAACCUGCUGCCGUUUCCGAGACCAGUAUCCCGAAGGAAUAUGUUGGAUACUACCUUACUGAGCAGCCCCAAGUGCGCUCACUACAAGAUUAUAAAGUGUCGCAGAUUCCGUCGUUCAGCGAACUGGCACAACGCCGCAGGCGUGUGUCACCGGAAAUUACACAGCCUCUUCUGAACACUGCAUUGCGGCGCGUAUCGCGCUCACCCUCACCUCUUGGGGGUCACAUGCGAAGCUACUCGACUGGAGUUGCUCCGCCUAUCGUCCCUACCGGCGAGCAGCGCAAGACUCGCAUCGACUCUGUUCGGCCACCCGUUGAUAAUGGACCGAUGAUCGUUAACGGCUCGUUCCCAGCACAAGCCCGUCCCAGAUGUGAUGAUGUCGAUGCUGUUGCUCCCGAAAUACCGAAUAUAUCCGCUCUUGGGAUCUAUGCUAACAACCAGGCCAUACAUCAAAUCAACGAAUUGCAGGCGCGACAGCAGCUAGUGCUUGAGGAAAUGCAAAGGCAGAAGGCAGCAGAGACAGCGAGACCUCCGGUCGCGAAUGGGUCAAUGAAGGGUAGCCCACCCGUUGAAGUCAAUGGCUUGACGCGUGUGCCAAGUGAUGGCCAGCAGCCAUUCCCCUCGUUACCGGAAGGCUGGAUGAAUUUCGAGGCUACUAACGGCCAGCAAGACAGUCGUGUGGACGAGGUGUCCCCAUUACGUACGCUUCCUCCGCAAUGGCGGACACCUGGCUAUACCAACGGACUGCCGUCCUUGGAUAUUGCAAAAGCACCUCGAGCCCACCCACAGGAGGUUCAAUCCGCCACUUUACCCUUAUUGUCGCCAGUAUUCGAAACGCGCACUCCGUCGCCCAUCGCCAGCCGAUCUUCGGAUCUCAGCAAGCUGGUCAACGGCAGUAAAGCCCAUGCGAAAGAAAACAAUCAUCAGCAGCAUCGUCGAGCCUCGCAUACCUCUACAUCAAAUCCGAGCAAAGAACAUCGGAAUGGACAGCAGAAGGGCGUUUCACAAAGCAAUGAUAGGGGCAGCAAAUCGAAUGCGGCAAAUAACACUUCCAGCUCGUGGCAGCACCCUCCCGGUCGUAGAAAGGGGAAAAACAAGAAAUCGAAGGCGCUGGAGCAGAAGGUGACAGGCGAACCGCUGCCUGCUAACGCAGCGGAUCGCAAAGGAGGAUAG